AUGCGUUCCUUUAUCGCCAUCGCGGCUCUAGCCAUUUCUGGCGCCGUCGCUGGUCCUUGCAAGCCUCGAAACACUGAAACUUCUGCUUCCGUUGCUUCGCAGACUUCAUCUGCUGCUAUUGAAGCUACGACUCUUCCUGCGCCUCCGGUCGAUUCUAUCAUUACCAACACUUGUACCGGCGGUGGUCUUACGAGCCUCGAUCCGUUUGUCACUGAUGGCGAUGUCACCCUUAACACUGACGAAGGUUACAACCCUGGCGGUGGAAGCUCUGAUAGGAGCUGUGCUUCACUCAGUGCCCGGUCUUCUGUAACGCGCAAGCGUCAGACUCUGGGAGAGAUUGCGGCGCUAAAGCAGUUGCUUACUGGUCUGAACGUGCGAACUCAGUACACGGUUCAGUUCUUCUACCUCGUCUUCACGCCUCCCCAGGCGACAACUUCAUGUGUUCUCGAGGCAUUUAUCGGUUCUACAAAGUUCUUCACCACUGGCAUUUUCUCCAAUGGCGCUAGCGUCAGCUACAACCAGGUCUUGGUCUCUACUUCUGCCCCUGCUACACAGGGCUUCUUGAACAUCCAGACUACCUGCUCUGGUGGAGGUUCUGCUGUGGUGCUUAUUGAUUCUAUCUUCAUUUCUAACCAGGUCACUCCUGAGAACAUCAACGACUUUAGACUUGAUUUUGGAGGCGGUGAUAUCCGUGAGCCUGUUAAUAGCUCUCCUACUACUCGGGUUGCCCCGACUACUCAGCGUGGACCUGCUACCGAGACAUUCCCUGGUACUCGAGGUGGUCCUGCUACACAAACUGCUCCUGCUACCCAAUCUGAGCCUGCCACUCAGAGAGGCCCUGCUACCCAGACCUUCCCUGGUACUCAAGACAGCCCUGCUACUGAAGCUCUUCCGACCACACAGAAUGGACCUGCUACUCAGAACGGCCCUUCUACCGCCACCAAUGUUCCCAACCAAGACCCUAGUACCGCCCUUCAGAACCAGAGCACCGAGUCUGCUAAAGGAAGCGUCAUCCCCACCGAGACUGCUAUCAACGGAGCUACCACUCAGACAGUCAAUCCUGGCUUCCAGACCAGCACCUCCGCAAACGGCGGUGCCUCGACUGAUGCCAACUUUGCUUCCACCACGACUCGUCCCGACACCCAACCUGCCACUCCUACCCCUGGUUCCCAAACCGUUACCGCGUUCGACCCCGAUACUACCAUCGGUCCUCUCAACAACGCCGCGCCUCCUCAGGAUAACUGCGUCAGCACCAACCUGAUCCCCAACGGUGACUUUGAGUCUGCAUCAAGUGGCUGGCAGAUCUUCGGAAACGCUGGUAUCACCUACAACGGCCAAUUCGGCCCCCAAGCCCGCGCCAACAGCGGAAACCUCGCCAUGGCUCUCCACUGGCCUCAAAAAGACGGUGUUAAGGCCGGUUUCAAGCGCACCAUCACAGGCCUGAUGCCCGGCCAGACAUACUAUCUCGGCUACGGCCACCACACGGGCAACGGCGCCCAUCUUCCCUACUACGAGUGUGACAUCCUCGUCAAGUUUGACGGUGUCAACUUUGAUGACUUUGAUCCUUUCUACGACCCUAAUGCUUGGUGGCAGUACCGCAACCGCAUGAACUUUGUCACGCCUACGCACUCUACUGUUGAGCUGUCGUUUGUUCUUACUUGCAAGAAUAACCCUGCUGCUUUUACGCUUCUUAUGGAUGAUGUUUUCCUUUCUGCUUGCCAGAAAUAG